UUAAAUUAAGCUUAAUGUCUGAUAUGAGUAUGUGUGUUUGAUACAAGCAUACCCAAUAUUUUCUUUUGAUUUUACAGUGCAUAUUAAUCUGAAUAUGUUUGAUCCGAAUAUGUAUUAGACCUGUUGGUACAAAUUUCAACAAAAGAAGAGUUAGGGAGGAGAAUGUACUAGUGUUAUAGAUCUUUUAUUUGAUAUUUAUAGGAUUUACUUGUUUGGUAGCGGUGAUGUGUCUGUUAUUUAUGGGUGAUACUUCUUGUUUGGUAGUAGUGAUAUUUUUUUGAGGAAGUAUGAGAUUGUUAUGCUUGGAUAGUGGCCCUAGUGGUUUUUCAGGAGAGUGUUUACACUGAAAAAUGGAUCGUUAGAUGAGAGGGUAACUUGAUGAAAGGGGAUGUUGGGAUGUUCAAGGGGAUGUUGGGAUGUUCUCUCUCACAAUGAGUGGUCUUCAUAGCGCAGAUAGUUUUGGGAGGCUGAACGGUCGAGGGCAGUUCAGCUGGCGGGAGGUGAAAAAUUGUCUUCAGGUAUUCAUUUAGUACCUUUUGAAAGUGACACGUGUUCAGUCUAAAUGGCAGUAUAACAACACCAAUCAAAAACAAAGACAAAGACAAGAACCUUGGUUUGAUAUCAUUGGUAGCAGUUAGUUUAGGUUGGCGUGUUGUUGAAGGAGAUCAACAAUCUUAGCGCGAAUUUUCAACUCCCGCCACACUACUUGAGGGGGCAGUUGAGGGUCUUUUGUCCUUUUAGCUACUUUUUUUUUCAAGUCUUUGCAAUUUGCACCCACAUUUCCACUUCUCUCCAAUGCAGACCAGGAAGAUUCAACAGUUCUUUUGCAGUAAUCAAGGGUCUUCCAUGUUGAAGGUUUUGAGAAGAAAACUAUGGAAUCUUUGCUCAAGAAUUCAGUGGCUGAUGCGCAAGCGACCGAGGCCGAAGGUUAUCAUCCGGAGAUUGGGGAGGUUGAACUCCAAAGUUCAUAGAAAAGGCGACAUUGGAACGAAAGGUUCUGACAUUGAUUUGUUUGGCAACUUGGGAUUUUGUAAUCCCCAAAGGCCGAUAAGAAUUGCAACGUUUAAUGUUGCUAUGUUCUCUCUUGCACCUGCCAUUUCGGAAGCUGAGGAAGCCGGUUUAUUUAGCUACAGAGACGAUGAUUUUCUUGGAUUCAAAGCACCGUUUGAGUUCGACGUUCAUAACAAGUCUCCGAAUUGUUAUCCCAAGAGUAUACUCAAGCAAUCUCCCUUGCAUGAUUCCCACAACCAAAACAAGCUCUCGAGAUCAAACCUCAAGGUUUCAAUCAACCUUCCUGAUAAUGAGAUAUCUUUGGCACAGAGUAAAAUUCUCAGCUUCAUCGAAGACGUAAACGAGGGCUCAUCAGACACGAUCACCGGCCGAAUCAAUCGGAGGAAUGUCAUUAUGAGAUCCCCAGUUUGUUUGCCUUCAAAUAUGAUCAAAUUCUGGAACGAAGGUGGCUCGAAAAAUGGAAGAAGCAUUGCAGAAGUGCUUAGAGAGCUCAAUGCUGAUAUCAUAGCUUUACAAGAUGUGAAAGCACAAGAAGAAAAAAGAAUGAAGCCUUUAUCUGAUUUAGCUUCAGCACUCAAGAUGAAGUAUGUUUUUGCCGAAAGUUGGGCUCCGGAGUACGGAAACGCGAUCCUCUCGAAAUGGCCGAUCAAACGAUGGACGGUACAAAAGAUAGCCGAUGACAACGAUUUCAGGAAUGUGCUUAAGGUCAUCAUUGAUGUACCAUGGGCUGGAGAAGUGAACUUCUAUUGCACCCAGCUUGAUCAUUUAGAUGAAAACUGGAGAAUGAAGCAAAUGAAAGCAAUAAUUGAAUCAAACAACACUCCCCACUUAUUACUUGGAGGCUUAAACUCUCUGAAUGCAUCAGAUUACUCAUCAGAAAGAUGGACAGAUAUUGUGAAGUACUAUGAGGACAUAGGCAAGCCAAGACCAAGAACUGAAGUAAUGAAACUGCUGAGGGGAAAAGAGUACACAGAUUCCAAAGACUAUGCUGGUGAAUGUGAACCAGUAGUCAUUAUUGCCAAAGGCCAAAAUGUUCAAGGAACCUGCAAAUACGGGACGCGAGUUGAUUACAUCUUAGCCUCUUCGAACUCUCCGUAUGCCUUUGUUCCGGGAUCGUACUCUGUGAUUUCGUCGAAAGGGACUUCGGAUCACCACAUUGUUAAGGUCGAUAUUGUGAAAGAAUGUGAGAAAUCUCAGCAAAGUGUCAUAAAAAAACAUAGGAAAACUGCACAAAAGCUUGUGUGUUUAACCAACUGAAGCUGCUUUGGAAGCAAUUCGAACAUAAGUGCUAGAUAUUUGAUUUUAUAUUUCUCAUUAAUUUUCUCCUAUAUUCAUGUAUGAAAUAGAUAAAUUGCAUGUAUAUCAGUAUUUAUUUCUGAUUCCUACACCUCAUUUCUCUCUCUGAAAUUAAUGUAAGAUACAUAGAUAAACCUUGUAUUUUAUGAUGAGCCGUUUAUUAUUAUUAUUAUUUUGUAUUAAAAUUAAUUUAUCUAUAUUUGGAAGUAAUGCAGUAUAUGUUUUCUUUUAUUUUGAUAAUUAGGAGAAGGAAAUGAGGUUGUUUGAGAUUGAA